AUGGAAGGUUUAUCAACUGAUAUUGCAAAGAUAUUGUACCUCUCUCAUUAGCUCUUUGUUUCAAACAUUAUUGAUCUAGAUUAAAAGAAAAACUUAAAAUUGAGAGUUAUCUAAGAUGAUCAAAGACUGUUGAAGGCAUUUUCAGAGUUUGUUAACAUGCCAAAUUUCUUGAAGUAAGUUAGUGACAUCCCAAUAGGCAAAUCAACUAAAGAGAGAUGUUUAAAAAUACUAACUGAAAAUGGAGUUAUUAAGAAUACUAGCACUCUUUUAAAUGCAUAAUCAGCAUCUAGAAGCAAAGGUGGUGACUCUUCCUUAUUAAGUAAUAGGCAGAAAAAGUUCGGGGAUAGAGCAAGUCCAAACGGGGAGGGAAAAAUAAAUCUAGCUUAGGAGUAAAACAAAUUUCUGUAACUUAACUUAUAAAUAAAUGCAGGAUAGCAAGAGUAUUUCGAAGAUUUGACCAGCCCAUUAGACUCAAAGAUUAUAAAGAAAAAAUAGGAUAAAAGAGAUUAGAAAGAGGAUAACUAGGACAAAAGAUUCAAUGAUUAAAAAUAAAGACCAACACUAAAUAUCAAUAAUUCAAGAAUGCUGAAUUGUGAUGUUGGAUAAUCUCCAGUAGUACUGAGUCUCAAUCAAAAUAGAAAUAGCAAACUAAGAUGA